AUGUCGAUCGACCGUGAAAAAGAUUUAUUACGCGCCUUAUCUGCAUUACCUCUCAAGGGUCUUCACCUUAAAUCGACGCUAUUUCGCAACCAACAGCAGCUUUUCGACUUCAUACGCCGUUUUCCUACACUGGUGGAGGUGUCCUGCUCGGACAUACGCUACGUGGAGAAGAAAAACCCCCGCCCGUAUGUCGGACCACUUCCUUUACUACCACACCUUCGGGCAGUUAAUAUGGACGAUAGUCUAUGGUUCGCAGCUCUGAAUGGAACCUUUGGGUCAGUCAACAAGUUACAGAAAGUCACCGCGUUGGAUGUGCACUUUGAUGAUAUCCCAAAAGUUGGCCAAUUUCUUCAAAAUACUGUUAGGAAUCUCUCUGAGUUUAAUAUAAGGCAUUUGCAUGGUAUUGAAAGCAACCCGGGCAUGACGAGAGGCCGUGCGGCUUGGAAGGAGGAACAAAAACCCCUUGUCCUCUCGCACUUGAAGGCGCUGGGAAUUGACAUCCAUGAUCGGCAGAGGGUUACAGGGCUCUCUCCUUACACUAUGGCCAGCAUCUUGGGAUGGUGGAUACGGUCGCUCGAAGACUCUGUCAAAGAGGGUAUAGUGUCAGCUCUCGAACGUUUAACAAUCAUAGUGGGAAUGUAUAAGAAGGAUUACAUCCUGAGGUAUUCGAACGAGAUAUGGGCAACAAUCGAUCGCCUCCUCACUCGGGAUCAGUUCCCCGAGUUCAAAUCUCUUCGCGUUAUCAUCAAGGCCUACCAUCCUGUCAUCCUGUCUCAGUGA